AUGGAUACUGAUGAUGAUUUCAACGAGCCUGCCGGUAGCAAACCUCGUGUGGAAGACGAAGAGUCGGACGUAGAUGAAAAAUACCCCAAUCGCCCACGUAAUCGUUCCACUACAUUACCAUUUCAUGUGCUCUUCCAGACACUGUUCAAUCCCUUGAGCGAGAUCAAAAAGAAACCAGCUGGAGCUGCGCGCAAAAAGGUCGGACCUCAUGGACAAUCCAGCGCGAAUCUCAACCCACUGGAGAGACGGCGAGAUGUUAUCGAGCGCUUUAUUUCAAGAUGGAGAAAGGAGGUCGGGGACGACAUAUACCCCGCAUUUCGAUUAAUCCUCCCCGACAAAGAUCGGGAUCGAGCUAUGUACGGAAUCAAGGAGAAGGCUAUCGGGAAGCUCCUUAUCAAGAUAAUGAAAAUCGAUAAAAACUCCGAAGAUGCCCUCAAUCUCUUGAACUGGAAAUUACCUGGACAGACGACUGCGUCCAGUAUGGCGGGCGACUUCGCAGGUCGAUGCUACGGUGUUAUCUCAAAACGACCAAUGCGCACGGAAGUGGGUGAUAUGACCAUUGAGGAGGUGAAUGAGAAACUCGAUCAACUAUCCGCAGCAUCUAAGGAAGAGCAACAAUCGCCGAUCUUGGCGGAGUUUUACCGACGAAUGAACCCGGAAGAGCUCAUGUGGCUGAUCCGUAUCAUUUUACGGCAGAUGAAGGUUGGAGCGACGGAGCGCACCUUCUUUGAUGUCUGGCAUCCAGAUGCAGAGAACCUAUACAGCAUUUCAAGUAGCCUUCGGCGCGUAUGUUGGGAAUUGCAUGAUCCCAAUAUUCGCCUCGAGGCUGAAGAUAAGGGAAUCACGUUGAUGCAAUGCUUCCAGCCACAGCUGGCUCAAUUUCAAAUGCAUUCAUUGGACCGAAUGAUUAGCCGGAUGAGGCCGAUAGAAGAUGAUCCUGUUUUCUGGAUUGAGGAGAAGCUUGAUGGCGAGCGUAUGCAGCUUCAUAUGGAGUCUAAUGAUUCGGUAUCAGGGAGCAGGACGUUCCGCUUUUGGUCAAGAAAAGCCAAGGACUACACAUAUCUCUAUGGAAAUGGCAUUAAUGAUGAAAAUGGGGCCUUGACAAGAUAUCUCAAGGGCGCGUUUGCAGAUGGAGUGGGGAGUUUAAUUCUUGACGGGGAGAUGAUCACUUGGGAUACUGAACAGGAUGCUAUUGCCCCCUUUGGGACGCUCAAAACGGCCGCAUUAUCUGAACAGAGGAACCCAUAUUCGAGCACCACACGGCCUUUGUUCCGGAUAUUUGACAUUUUGUACUUGAACGGACAGGAUUUGACAAGGUACACUCUCCGUGACCGUCGAAAUGCGUUGCAAAAAAGUAUCAAGCCUGUUCACCGCAGGUUUGAGAUCCAUCCUUACGAGGAAGCUACAGGCAAAGCCGAAAUCGAAGAGGCGCUGAGAAAAGUCGUCGCAGAGGCUUCAGAGGGCCUAGUGCUAAAGAAUCCCCGGUCACCAUAUCGCCUAAAUGAAAGGCACGAUGACUGGAUGAAGGUGAAACCGGAAUAUAUGACCGAGUUUGGAGAGUCUUUGGACGUCAUAGUCGUUGGGGGAUACUAUGGAUCUGGCCGCCGAGGUGGCGGUCUUUCGAGUUUCCUGUGUGGACUUAGGGCAGAUGAUGCUCAUUUCUCACAAGGUGGCACGGCAACCAAAUGUUAUUCUUUCUGUAAGGUAGGGGGAGGCUUCACUGCGGCUGAUUAUGCAAAAAUUCGACACCACACGGAAGGUAAAUGGCACGAAUGGAAGCCUAAGAAACCACCUACGACAUACAUAGAGCUGGCGGGCGGGGACGCACAACAUGAGCGUCCAGAUAUGUGGAUAAAGCCAGAGGACUCGGUGGUUCUCUGUGUUAAGGCAGCCUCAGUAGCUGUCAGUGACCAGUUUCGUAUUGGACUGACGCUACGCUUUCCGCGCUUCAAAAAGCUGCGUAUGGACAAAGAUUGGAAAAGCGCCCUGUCGGUGCAAGAAUUUCUCGACCUCAAAGCAAAUGCGGAACAGGAGCGCAAAGAGAAGGAAUUCAGCGUAGAUAAUUCACGCAAGAAACGUCUUAAGAGGGAUACCAAGAAGCCUCCAGCUAUUGCAGGGUACAAUGCGGAUGCAGAUGCUCAGUUCUCUGGGCCAUCUGGGCAUAUUUUUGAUGGGCUUAAUUUUUACAUCACAACCGACUCAACCGCUCCGGUCAAAAAGUCAAAGGCGGAGUUAGAGCAGCUUGUCAAGGCCAAUGGGGGCAAGUUCUUCCAGACAAACAAUGCCGCUCCUAAUACGAUUUGUAUCGCGGACAGAAGGACUGUAAAGGCUGCAUCUCUUCAAAAAAGCGGCAACGUUGACAUUAUUCGACCUUCUUGGAUUCUUGAUUGUAUCAAACAAAGUGAGGCUGAUGCGGGUCUGCCCGAAUUUCUCCUUCCUCUGGAACCUAGGCACAUUUUCUUCGCCACAGAGGGAAAGCAGGAGGAGAUAGCAGCAAGCGUCGAUCAGUUCAAUGAUAGCUACGCUCGGAACACCACGAGUGACGAGCUCAGAGAUAUCUUAAAACAAAUGAGCAAAGAUCAUCACUUUGAGAUUUCUCAGUAUCCCAACGUCACCCGAAAGCUCAACGAGCAUAUCCAGGAGAAAGUCAAUGCCGGAUGGGGGAUGCCCUCCGGAUGGCUGUUCAAGGGUCUGACUGUUAUCUUUCCACAAAAUCACAAGGUGGACUAUCCGGAAUCAGACGAGGCUACGCAAACCGAUCAACCGUACCGUCUCCAUUUGGCAAGCAACACAGCGCGAUUUGCUGGAGCGAGAGUUGUGGAGUCUUGGAAAUUCUCACCUGUAACUCACGUCGUUGUGGCUCCAGAUAGCUCGCCCUCGGACAUCUCAUCGAUCCGAAAAUCAUACUCGACAAAGCCAGGGAAGAAGGUGCCACACCUGGUCACCGUCGAAUGGAUAGAAGAGUGCUGGAAACAGCGGACGCUGCUAGACGAAGAGGGGUUCCAACCUCCAAAACGUGCUGCCUAA